UUUUUAAUAGUUAGUUUAGUUACAAAACAAAACAUCCAGACGAGUCAGCGUAUAUUUUGUAAAUAAAAUAAUUAAACACACAAACAAAAAAAAACAAAUCGCGAUUUAUUAUGUUAUUUAUAUACAAUGGCUUCGUUUCGUGAAAGCAUCGCUAGCAUUCCAGGUGCAGUCACACAUUUCCUCAGUGAAAGUACUUCAUCCUACUUGAAUCUAUCUACCACACCUUCAUCAUCACAUUCAGAAGAAUCUUCAUCAGAUAAGGCCUUGACAAUACCAGCUUCUCUAAUCAAAGAACAAUGGAGACUAAUAUUCAAUUCGGACGCAACGAUUUCUAAUCUAGAACAAGCCAUCAACACGUGCAAAGAGCUUGUUUUGAGCACUGACGAAUUAAGCGACGAACGAAAGUGGUUGGUUCGUCAUUUGGUCGAGUUGCGUUAUGAGCUAGAAGGACUAAAAGAAGCCGAAGAAGAUCCAAAUGAAGCUGGACCAUCUGCAAAAACUGUGAUUGGGCAUCAUUUAAGUGUAAGAAAUGUAGGACGUAGUUUACAAAACGCCCGUACCUACUGUGACCAUUGCACUGGAAUCAUAUGGAGCGUCGUUCAAGCUUCUUACAUAUGCAAUGAUUGCCAGUACACUGUUCAUAGUAAAUGCAUAAAUGAUAUAGUGCGAGUGUGUGCUCAUGUUGUAGUAUCCGAGCGUAAAUAUCCCAUUUCUGAUAUAUGCCCUGAAAUUGGCUUGGCAGCUCAGGGUUACAAAUGCGCCGAAUGCCAGGCACCAUUGAAUUUCAAUAUAACAGAGGCCAUGCAGUGCUGGGGAAAAAGUUCAUCAAAAAACCAUGAAAACAAUUGGGUUGAACCACGACUAUGUGACUACAAUGGACUCUACUUUUGUCCCAGUUGCCAUUGGAAUGAUGUGUCUGUAACUCCUGCAAGAAUAAUUCAUAACUGGGACUUUGAGCCACGUAAAGUUUGUCGAGCUUCACUUCAGGAGAUAAAUCUAUUUCUUGACAAGCCUGUAGUGAAACUAGAAGAGGCCAAUCCGAAGCUUUUUGUAUUUUUGCAAAAGCUAAGUUCAAUUAAGAAACUACGUGAAAAUUUGUCUUAUAUGCGAAAAUAUUUACUCGAAUGUCGUGUAGCCGUAGAAGAAAAAUUACUGGACAAUCAAAUUGGUUCCAGACGGCAUCUUGUGCAAUCAUGCGAAUUUUAUUCAUUUAAAGAUUUAGAACAAGUCGAAUCAAGUGUAUUGUAUGAAUUUUUAAACAAGAUCUAUAAUAUCUUCGACAAACAUAUUAGAUCCUGUGCUCUUUGUACAGCUAAAGCAUACAUCUGUGAGAUAUGUAGCAAUGAUGAGGUUAUAUAUCCAUUCGACGAUGGAUGUAUCAUAUGUGAUAAAUGUAAAUCAAUUUACCAUCGUGUUUGUAUGACACGCAAAAAUAUGAUUUGUCCAAAAUGUACUCGCUUGAAAGAGCGUCAGCUAUUGCAGACACAAGAGAUUGAAGAUGCUGAAAAUGGGAAUUAAUUCGUAAUUUGAUUUUUACCCAAAUUCAGAAUUUUAAAAUACUGACCACUACUUUAAAGUUAUGUAUAAAUGUAAAAGCGUCUUUCUUUUUGUUUAUAAUAAGAAUAACAUUUGCAAGCUUGUUUUUUCUGUAUAUUUAAUUCUUUGUUAUGGUGUUUGAUAUACUAUAAUUGUAUUUUUACAAAAAAAUCAUUAAUUUUUAUCAUAGAUAUUAACUAUAUGCGUAUAUAUUUUGUUAUUCAAAUUUUUAACGAAUCAUAUUAUGUAUUUUAUUGUGUAAUGUGAAAAGUGUCAUAUAAUAUUAAAACAAAAUAAAUAAUA